AUGCAAGCCCUUUCGCGCCCACUCCUCCGCACCCCAUUCUUUUUCUCAUCCUCCGUCCACCUCCUCACUCGCUCACUCACAACCACUUCCUCCGCCAUGGCCGCAGGCGACACUGGUGCUCCAAGAGCCAGAGGCUCGCUUGCAGAGAAGGACACAUUUCAGCGUCGUGAGGCGGCGCAGGAGUUGAUGUAUAUCCGGCAACAUGAGAUGGAGAAGAUCGAACGAUUGCGCGCGAAAAUGAAGGAAUCUCAGAAACAUAUGGCGGAAUUGGAUAAGCAUUUGGAGGAAUACUCAAAGAGUCAGGGUGGAGAGCAGAAUUGA